AUGUCCCUAAAUCAGCUUGGAAAUCUGAUCGAUUUGGACAUUUCUGAUUGUAAUCUAGAAUCACAGCCAGAUCUUUCCAAUUUCCAAGCAAUACGUAAACUUGACUUGUCUGGGAAUCGAUUACCAUCUCUAGACGGAGCCUUACUACCUCGCAAUCUGUACUAUUUGGAUGUAAGCCAAAAUCUUAUCCAUCAUUUAUUCAAUAAUACCUGUUUGAAAAGCAGUGAACUUCGCAAAAUGGACAUAUCACGGAAUCCACUCAUUUGUCAUUGCACAUUGUUGUAA